GUAAAGAAUAGGAAGAAAACCGAAAGCGGGAGGAGGGUAAAGGAUAAGGAAAACAAUAAUUUUUGACACGCAAAAGAAACAAACACCCAUAUAGAUAUAAAUACGUAUAUUACCACACACAUACACACAAGAAUCAGUGCCUCUGCGAGCGAGAAGCGCAUCUUACUUUUUCACUAUCAUCAAGUAGUGCCGGCCACGGGCUACUUUGAGUCGCAUACAAACACACAGAACACACCAAUGGAAAAGAAAACUUAACUGAUAGUGAAGGGUAGAGAUAAGGUGAUCUCGAAAAACAAACAUGGACGAUCGUCGGGUCGUGAUCUGCAAGAAGAUCCUAAGAUCAUAUUGAAACAACUGUGAUAGCUUCACAUAAAGAAAACCCCACGCUGCUGCAAAUUGCUGAGGUGCGUGUGUGUGUGUGUGCACUACACACACACACACACACACCGACACCGCAUGCUUGUCCACCUAGAUUUUGCUUGCCACCCAACAGUUACACCCUCGCUAAAGCUUGCCCCAGUUUGAGUUACUGCGCAAGCGCACGAAGAAAUUUUAAGCAUCGCACUGUUUGCUAUAAACCCGCAAAUUCAAACAGUGCUAUAAAUUGUACGAAUAAGGCCAAGAACAGAGAGCUGAACAAGCUUUCAUCGUUUGACGCAUCCAUUUCCUUGUCCCAUUUUAAUCCGGUUCCGGGGUACGCUUUCUUCAUGCGACCCCUGAAGCGGCUGCAACAAGUUUCUUAGUAAUUAUUAUUAUAGUAAAAUAUUAUGCCAUAAUGCGUGUACUAGUACAGUUUUCUUCGACAAUUAGCAACAUCCUAACAAUCAUAUUACAAAUAAAAGGUAAUCGAAAGCGAGUAGUAAACUAGUAUGCAUAGAAAUAGUAGGGCAAAGUAUUGCGCAUUUCAUUUCUUUUAUGCAAUUAGUGCUCCUCGUAAGGGUCAUCCAAUCCCACGCAUAAUAAAACUAACCGCAAACAUGAUAAUCAAACUAGAGUUUGUUUAGUGUUCUGUUUGAUUUUCCUUUCUUCUUCCCCUUUGCUAAGUGUGUGCACAAGUGUUGUUAGUACGCGUUGAUUAAACAUUCAGUCCCUUAACCCAGUUUGAUAGCGUUAGUGUGUAAGAGAAAUUACCAACAUUGAAAAAAAAAUCGAAAAACGUUUCAGAAACGUUUAUCGAUGCUACUGUUCCUUUUUGUUUUGGACGUGUGGGUUUGAACGUUUUGUGUUUUGCAUUUCUUAAAAUGCAGCCUCUGUUCAUAGCAGACGAAAGUAUUUUUCACUUACAAAUUAGACAAUUUGUCCAAGCAUAGACCUUAAUUGUUCGUUUUGUGAGCUUAAUUGUUUGCCUUUCGUUUUCAAAAUCCUACAAAAAGGAUUGUUUUUUUGCAAUGUAAAAUGUAUUAAUUUCUAGUACAGUCUUAGUUAGUAAACUCGUUUGUUCGUUUGUUUAAUUUGUGAUAGGAUCUAUAUCGUCUAGUUGUUUUAUGCUAUAAUCGCAUAAUUUGACCAACUCUAGUGUGUUUGUUUGUGUUUUUUUAUUGCAUUUCUUUGUCCCUUGUUUCAGCUGUACCAUAAAGAAUUUGUUCAACAUAAAUUACCAUACAAAAUAAUCGAGUUGUGCUCGGGGGAGGGUAAAAAACACGAGACAAUUUUAAACUAGCAUUUUGGAAGGAUUAUUCACUUCCGGAAGAGUGUGGUUUCACUACUAAAUGGUUGUGUGAGAAGAAGCGAACGAAAGACGACGACACCAAUGCAUGGCUGCUGGGUCAGUUUCUAGCACCACCACUGUCAUCCGUCACCAUGGUCACCAUCGAGUAACAUCGUCUGUCAAAAAUUUAAAGCCUUCGCUCCCAAAACAUGUUUGCAUCCAUCUUCUCUUACCAUGUGUCUACUCACUAUCUCUCUCACUGUCUCUCUCGGUGUGCGUGUCAAUAUGUGUGUAUGUCAUCGUUACUGUAGAGGGCGCUGCAAAAACCAAAAGUUAUUUUAGUGCUCCUACCAGUGUUGCAAUCACUAUCGGCGGGCCUACUACUAUUACCACUACUGCUGCUACUACCACCAUCACUACUACUACUACUGCAGCUGCUGCUGCGUCAAGUUUUACCAGAUACUAUUACUACUACUACUACUACUACUUUUACCGCUAGCUAUAGAGUACAAGUUUGUGUAAUAUGAGUAUGAUUCGUACUUUAUAAAACAAAACAAAAAUCCUGCGUAAUAAGAGAAAACUUCAGCGAGUGUGUUGUUUUUGUUUAUUCUUUUAUUUUUCUGUAUUUCAUAUAAUUAUUCGUAAGAAUUUGCGAUUGCGUGAAUUUAUCUGUAAUGGUUGCUGCGUACGUACUGUCUCUCUCUCUCUCUCACUUACACCUAUACAUUCACACAGAAAACUAAAUUCGUCCGCUGUUUAAAAAACAAAACAAUCGUUUACAAAAAAACACACAGCAAACAACGCGUUUGAUUGUUAUUGCACUUGGUGGAGUAAUUAUGUAGGAAGCCUUUUUCCCAAAGUAAAUAAAAAAAAACAAUCAAGUACCCCCUAUCUGCGCACUAGUACAAACUCGUGGGCCUAUAUUCACAACACGAUACACACACACACACACACACACAAACACACACACACACACACACACACAAACGCACAGAACAAAUAGAACAAACGUCGUAUCACUUGCCAUAAACUGCUAGUGCUAGAGAAUGAAGCUCUACUGUAAACUUGCUUCUAAGUAGUAGGGUGUGACUAAAACUGACACAGAACUACGGAACACUAAAAUGGCCGGGUAAAAGUAAAAGUGGAUCAAAUCAAACGACCUAUAAAAAUGAUGGAAGAUAUGGGAGCUGGUUAGCAGCCAACUCGAUUUUCCAGUGGAAUUAAUUUUUAGCUUCCUAUAAUUCGCUAUAAUACACUUAUUACUGUUUUGUGUACUACUAUUCAAUACACAGUGGCUGUACAAUAAUAUCAAAUCAAUCUAUUAAAACUCUUCUAUAAACACUCACUUUACAAUGUUUCUACCCUUUUUAGUACAUUGUUUCGACGUACCGCGUUGCACACAGAUAAAAUUGCUCGAUGAUUCAAAAAUCUAUAAUUUUUAUUAUGGUACUUCUUCUACUAUAAUUGCCACUGCUACUACUAUUUAUACUUUGUAUGUCUUACUGCUACUUUUACCAUCUGCCACACUAACAACUGCCUACCACUGUGUACUACCGCCUGCACUACACAAACACCAACUCGCCCUAGCCGUGUACUUAUCAGAUUGUUGCGGUAGUAUUCCGUAACUACCACACGACAUUUCAAUUUAAAACAUUUUACGCCUGCUCCUCUUACUGCAUGAUAAUUGUGUAAAUCUUUAGCCAGCAGGUAUACCACACUUACAGAAAACUUUCCUACAAAUAGACAAAUCAAUCGACGCUAAGUGUGUCAUUGCAAGCAAAUGUUUUUCACUAUUUGUGCUCCAAUCGAAAAAAUAACUAAGAACUGUAUUUUUUUACAGUAACUGCCCCUUUUUGUUUGUUUGCCAUCAUAAAAACCCAAUACCGCCAUAACUUUAGACUCACACAAACAUAAGACCUUAUAAAUACACGUGACGUUCUUCGUGCGGUUCUUUAAUUUCGCCUUCCGAUUGCUAUUGCUGUAUGCUAUUUCAAACCGUAAUAACACUUACACAUACAGACAGACAAAAACACACACACACACAUUUAUACACUUGCAACCCGUACCAUAGACGCGCGUGAACGAUACAGGGAGGGGGAUUGGCAAAUGGGGGCAGGCGAACUGUGGCUGUGCUACUAAGUGUUAUACAACAUCAUUUGUUUUUUUACCCCGCGGGAGCAUGGGUUGUGGGGAGGGCACGAGGGGCACGCAGGGAGGGGCCGGGGCUUAAUGCUGAGCCUUAGUUUUUCGUAUUCCGUAAUGUGUACUGCCUCAACUAUGUGUUUUUUUUUUUUUGGAACUCAUCCGUGGCUAUAUAUCUAAAUAUAUAUACAUAAACAUAAGUUUAGUCGUUUGUAUUAGUUCGCCUCAUCAAACACCGCGCCAUCGCCUUCAUUUUGCACCAAGAAUAAGAAAUUGUUUAAGCUGCUUUGUAGUUAUCAAAUUGGUUUUCUUUUUAUUCUACUUUUUUUUCGCUACCAAAUUAUGCUGUAUUAUAUAUUUUUUAGCAUUAUAUUAAAAUAACUUGCUAUACUUUUUGUUAUGAUCAAUAAAAAAUUAAAUUUGCCUCUUCAUCCUUCUGCCUUUUUUGGGGUUUCUUUUACAAAAAUUUGCAUUUAUAAGCUAUUUCUCUCUUUCUUUGAAGCAAGUUUCAUUUUUGUUAUUAAUUUUUUUGAUAAAUCAUGCUUUCAUGUUUUUUUUUUAUCGAUUUUUUGUUCUUCCGCUUAUCACAUGCCAUUUCUAGUACAUAAAGCUACGGUUUGGGCUGUUUAGGGUAGUGAUGGUUGUAGCUUGCCAUACGAUUUUUCUGUUCUACUGCAGCAUGUUUACACAUUUCAUCUCAAAAUCAUCCACCAUCUUCACGAGAGAAAAAAAGAAAGUAAAUAAAUUGGACACUUUAUGUAUGUUUAAAAAAUACAACGAAACCAAAUUAAAACCAAGUGCUUGAAGGUUGCAAACCAGAAUGCAAAAUAAACUUCACCUCAAAACAAUCAACAACAAAAAAAAAGGAAUGCCUGACACUUAUCAUCCUCACAGUACACGGAUAUGAAACACAUAGAAAAAAAAACAUUGAUAUAAGUACACAAUGAAACUGCUUUGUUUGUUAUAAGUAAAAAAAAAAUGUACGGGAGUUUGUUACAUAAACCUAUUUAUAUACAUAUAUAUGGCGCAUUACAUAGAUAUCUAUACUUUCGUAAGCCUACUACUACUAUUACUAUUACUACUACUACUACUACUACUACUACUACCGCUCUUACUACCCUACCGAUGAAUGCAUAUGAUCGUUAUAUGUAAGCUAGAUUUCAACGCAAAGUCCUCCCCGUUCCUUACAUGCCAUACAUCUUUACCUUAGUCGCUUACUUUGUGCUCCUGCCCGUAAUCGAUAUGUAAUCCCGCCUUUACAACUCUACACCUUUAUCUGUUCGUUCGUUUUUCUUUUACUACUACUACUUACGCGUCAGUCAGUGUAUAGAGGCCUUCACAUUAUGCAAAGCAAAUAUCCUAAUUCAGCAAAAUACUAAAAGGGGGCGAUGUAUGCCAGCUUUUGUCUAAUGUAUCCCCCUAUUGUUUUUCUUCCCAUUUGUGCACACAAUACCUACUAUACGUUGCUUGUUCGUUGGAUACAAAAAAAAAACAUAUUCAAAACCAAAUUCCGAAAAUUGUUGCAUCAUGGCUACUCGAAAUGAAAUCCUGCUUGGUGGAAUUUAUGAUUUCAAGUCCCAGAUAUGUUGCGCCAUACUGUAUCGGUUUUGAUUGUUAUCUUACCUGGCUGCGUUCGAGACUAGUGCGCUUUGUAUAGAGAUAUGGACUGUUUAAGAAAUAUGCUUUCUAAUUGUUGCGAUCGAUCGAUAACGAUUUGCCGAUUGCCACAGAGCGGAUGACUUUGGUACGAUUUUGAUUUUUUUUUUCCUCCCAAUUUCGCAUGGUAUCCGGUAAUCCCGUUUCAGUUUUGCUACCAGCCUCCGGUGUUACUGAAAUUUUACUGCUACUUUUGUUUUUUUUUUCUUCCACUGUUUUAUUUAAUUUCCUUUGUUUGCACAAUCGAUUCUGACGCCUUCAAACGCAUUUUUUAUUGUUUGAAUUUACUUACUUUUGCUUGGAACUGAAGGCGAACCGAUGACGUAGGAAUGCUUUGCAGAUGAAGAGAUUUUUUUUUCGCUUCAAGAGAUAGUUCUACCAUAAAACGAUAGCGUUUGUGGUACGCUUCCUAACAAACAAACUCAAAACAGCGCUUCUCGAAACCAAAAAAACGCUUCCCAGGAAGAAAAAACAACGCUUCAAGUUAAGCGUUUCCUUAGCGCCUGAUUACUUAGAUAUUAUGCAGCCAUAAAUGAAUCGUUUUUCUCAAUGUGCACAAUUUAUAGCAUCCGAUAGCUUAGCGAUUGCAUACCAGCAGGCGCAACUUAAAAAUGAAAAUUGACCACAGAAGGGAGAGAAAAGAAUAAAGUUCAUUUGUAUAUGAUCCAUCGUUUGCGACCUAACACACAAUCAGCACCCAUCUAACACACUAGAGCGGGCUUUAACGACUUCUAAGCUUUAUAGCUUCCGCUAUAAACGAACAUCACUAGUCACUAACAGUGUGUGUGGAGAGCACAUAACCUCUAGAAUGCAAUUCGUUUCCCCCUACGUUUUCUUGAAGUUCAUCGUCCAAAAAAGGGAGAAAAUUGUGGUAAAGAGCUUUAAAUUCCCCCUUUUUGAAUAGUAAUCAUUCUCCUCGUCUUGUUCGGUCCAAUCACGUUGUCUUGUGUUUCUGAUGUGCCCCGUUUUAAAACACUUAGCGUCCAUAUUGCAAACCCCACACAACCAGCAACAACCAGCAGCAGAAACAGUGCAACUAUCCGUCCAAGUAAAUAUCCGAACCGUUUAGGUAAGAGGCUGACCAAGCAUACUCUUCUUUUCCAUCUUGUACUGGUAACAGUAGCGUGCAGAAACAGACAUAAUUAGGAUUUUCAGCAGCGUCCAAACUCAACGUUCUUUUUUUUCGCAAAGCAAACAAAGUAGUUUUACUGUGUGAACAUACAAUCGAGUUCCAAUUAUUGGAAUGACGCAAAAGUGAAGGCAAUUCCAUCACCUCAUUAGACCAUUUCGUCCGUCAACGUCCACCGAUUUCACAGCGGCUCGUUCGCAAGUGGCGGUUCAUGUGGGUGUCGGGAGCGGGAAUGGGACUUGAACGCGGAAAACAGUUCUUAAAGCUAAGCCUAUUUCUCUGCCAACCUGUGUCGAUCCUCACCUUGCGUUCGUCGAUGGUGCGAGUAGCGUGUAGUCCAGUGGCCCCUUCUAUUUCACACCAUUCUUAGCGUAUUGGGAAACUGUGUCCAGAAGGGAUCUACACCUACAGAGCGCAACCGGAAAACUGCGAGAGAGAAAGCGCACACGCACAGGAAUCCUGAUUUUUUUACGGAGGAAAAAUCAUUCCCUUACUAAUUCUUUUCAUGCAAGUGCCUAUUGUUAUUGGAAACCGUGUGGUGUGAGAAGAGUUGGUGCGAUGUUUUAAGCUGCACGGAGAAAGGAAGAAGAAUUGUAAAAACAAAUAACAAGUGAAUUGAAUGUCGGAAAAAUAACACUAGUAACACUGAAAGAUGAGAUAACAGAAGAAAAAAAACUAAGAAGAGAACUAAACAGAAGACUAGAACGAGUUACCAAGUUACCAAGCGUUACAGCUGGAAAAAGUGUGAAGAAUAGGCGCAGACAGCAGCUAAAGCCAAUGGUGACUAAGAUGUGGAGACUAGAGCUGAAGAGCCGACAAACACACACACACACAUACACACCUCCACCCGAGAUGUGAGUGUGUGUGUGUGUGUGUGGUUUUCUUUCGGCGAUUUUGUCAUAGUAAUUGUUCCUAGUGCCGUUAGGUUUCGUAGUCGUUUUUUCGAAACGUUCUUACUACUUACUACUCGUUCCAGUGUUCGUAAUAAUGGCCGUUUCUAAGCAGUCUACCGUAGCCACUAGGGAUGGUGUUACUACUACUACUACUACUAAUACAAUCACACCUACUAUUACUACUGUAAUCUCUAGCAUACUUUCACCGUUCUCGAAACUACUUAGACCGUUUAGAUCAUAUUUUGCACGGAGCGGUAGGGGAAGAAAAACGAAAGGGACAACUCGAAACCGAAUGUUUACUAACUAACAAACAAUCAAUACUUAGAAAAAAACCUACCACUUCUACUACUACAACUACUAGUUUUGCAAUGCUACGAAUGGCAUGAUGUGUAGAUGAGCAAACAUUCAACUUUAUCGGGGUGCAGUUUUGAAAUGUACCACCAGCAUUAAAUUAAACUACACCCAUUCACACACACACACAUGAGUGUACAUUUGUCGUAGUGGAUCGUUCACUUAGUAAACAUUCAAAGAUCGAACCGAAGUUGUGCCAGGUAGCUCAUCUUAAUCCCACUUACAUAGCGAACGUUUUCUUUGUAAUCUUGUCCGGUGUGCAAAAUUAGCCAAACAUAUGGAAUAGUCGCAUUCGGUACGGUUUUACGGUAAAAUACAUGAAAAAAAAUGCGAACGAGGAAAAAACACAAACACAGACAAACAAAAAACAGUAAGAACAGUUCUCUCUUCUGUCUCUUCGUAUUCGCGGCCCCUCACAAUCGGUGGCCCUGCAUGAGUCAACUUCAUUUUCAACUACCCAAACGAGACUCCAGAUGCGUAAAAGAAAGGAAAAAAAAGAAGAAAUAAAGAAAGCAAACACACUUACAUAGUUAUUAUAAUCUAUACUAUUCAAAUGCAAACUAUUAUUAUUACUUUGUAAUACUACGAACAAUUCACUAGGAAGAGGGAAUGGUAGGAAUUGCAAAACUGCAACAACAACAACAACUAAAACAAAGUAACAAAAUGAACGAGAGAGAGAGAAAAAAACACACACACACACAAACAAACUUAACCUCCUUAUAGCAAAAAGGAACUUAAGAAGAAAAAAAAACAGUAAGUAAGACGGGAAUUGACAAAAUGAAAGGAGAAACCAAUACCAGUGAGAGAGAGUAAAGGGGGGGAAGUUAAAAAGGAAAAGAAGAUAAAAGGUAGAGCGCAAACCUUUAAAAAAAAACAUCAACAAAACUUAAGAUGGAAAAACAAAACAACAACAACAAACAAACAAAAAACGUUAGUAAUUUCAUUGUACUAUUAAUAAAACAAACAAACUGUACCGCUGUUUACGUAAACUAUUGAACGAGAGAAAACAAACUGUUGGUGUGGGAGCUGAUGUAGGAGGCAAACGUCAGACAUGCCUCCAUCAACCCUCUUCCGGUCCGUUCUCGGUUGUGCCGUUGUGCCCGUUCUCUUUCUUAAGCUUGUCUAGUCUAGCGACCUGUCUCCCCCUUGCUGCGGGUUUUUUCUCGCCUUUUCUCAUGUUUUAUAGUGCAGUCAGUGUCUUGAUUGAUUGGUUCUGUGUGUGUGUGUGUGUCUGAGCGCCAUUUUUGGUCGUUUCUUCCUUCUUUUUUUUAGCGUGUGCGUUGUGUAUUUGUUCGUAUUUUCAUUCUCAAGUGGUGUGUGAACUUUUUUCCCCUCUUUUUAGCGUAUUUUAUAUCUUUCAAAAACCCCACACGCACACACCCACAUUGGACACAUUGGUAGUUUUGUUUUCCCUGUGUAUUUCUUUCUGUUUCAUUUCGGUGUCUCACAGAUGGUUGAAGGGUUUGGGAAAAAAAAAAUCAUUUCAUAAACACUAAAACAAAUGCGUUACCCAGUGAUGUUUCGUACAAGGUGGCUGCUCUUUCUGGCGUUUCGAUUGCUCUCUUUAAGUUGCUGCGCUCUCUACUUUACUAUCUAGUCGAAUUGCACUGAGUGUGUGUUUUUUCUCAUCUUACUUUGCUCUUUCUGUGUUUCCUUUUUUUCUUUCUUUCUUUUGUUAAUAAGUUCACUGCCAUCGUAUAAGAAUUGUGCUGACUAAUGCUACAUCUUGAAAUUAAUGUUUUCAUACUAUAUAAUCUAGGUGAAGUUUGUAUUAUAGUCUGCCACCACUGUUGCUGCGAUUGUGUACUUUUUUCCCACCCCCUUAUCAAAUGCUCCGCCCUUUUGCUUUCAUACUUUCAUUAUACAAUUUAUAAAAGUGUUAAACUAGCGUGUUAAACAGUACGAAAAGUAAGCUCUUUUAUUGUACUCAGUACUCCAUAAAUAGAAUAAAGUUUAGCCAAAAAAUAGAAAGGUUUAGUUUUUUUUAUUUAUUUUUUAUCUUGUCUACUUGUUGCACAAAUGAGAUUCUUUUUGCAAAUUUUAUGUUUUCUACACGUGUAUUUUAUGUGUUGCUUGAACUUGUGUUUUCAUGUCAGCUUUUCUACUUUACUUGUUUGCUUUCAACACUUCCAUGUUUUUGUUUUACUAUUACAUCCCAUUUGCGUGUCAUAUGCCCUGAAAUGUUAACUUUUUCUUGUCAUUUUUGUACUGUUCCCUAUUUUCACUCUUGUUGGACAUUUAUUGUCUCCCAACUUUACAAAUUUUUCUAUAGUCUUUCUCACGAUCUAUUUUGGUAAUUAAGUUUUACCAAAACAUAGAAACAAAUAUAAAAUUGUACAACUUGUUACUAACUUCUAAACACCUUUCAAAUUUAUUUGCUCAAUUUUCGCUCUCUUUUCGUUAGUUUUUGUAUCAUUUCAUACUCACCCUCUCUGUCUCUCUCUCUGUCUCUUGCUCGCUCUCUGUCUCUUUCUCUAUGGGGCUUUGCUGUCCGCCUGUAAUACAGCGAAAUACACACACACACUUGAACACAGCAACCACAAUUAUUUAUUCAUAUCUACAUACAAUAGAAUACUGUUGCUUUAUUAAUAGGAAUGGGAGAGUUCGGCUGAUGGCGGAUGAUGGUUAUGUUCGUUAUUGCUUGUGUAGAGCGCUGUUCGCGUACGGUUUGCAGUAUUUCAGUGUAUUUGCGAUUUGCCGAUUCUCCAAACAAUUCCGCUCGAGAGCCGAAGCAACCCAAUAUAGUCACGUGCUAGUUGUAUUCUACACCCGCGUUUAUACUACUCCCGCUCGAUUGUUUACUCCACGCACAGAAAAAAAAA